AUGGCCCUGUGGUUUCCCCCAACGCUCUCUCCAUAUGACUCCUUUAAACCAGGGGACAACUACUUUCACACGAAGUUAAUCAUGUCUAAAGGACCAGCUGUUGGCAUUGACCUGGGCACCACCUACUCCUGUGUAGGAAUUUUCCAACAUGGGAAAGUGGAAAUUAUUGCCAACGAUCAGGGCAACAGGACCACACCCAGCUAUGUGGCCUUCACAGACUCUGAGAGGCUGAUCGGUGACGCAGCUAAGAACCAGGUUGCUAUGAACCCAACUAACACCGUAUUUGAUGCUAAGCGGUUGAUUGGCAGACGUUUUGAAGAUGCAGUUGUUCAAUCCGAUAUGAAGCACUGGCCUUUUACAGUAAUUAGUGAAGAUGGGCGUCCUAAGGUGGAGGUUGAGUACAAGGGUGAGACAAAGUGCUUCUAUCCAGAAGAGAUCUCUUCUAUGGUGCUAACUAAGAUGAAGGAGAUCGCUGAAGCCUACCUUGGAAAGACUGUCUCAAAUGCUGUAGUCACCGUUCCUGCCUACUUCAAUGAUUCCCAGCGUCAGGCAACAAAAGAUGCUGGUGCUAUCUCUGGCCUUAAUGUCCUUCGUAUCAUCAAUGAGCCAACUGCUGCAGCUAUUGCCUAUGGCCUGGACAAGAAGGUGGGUGUUGAGAAGAACGUACUAAUCUUUGACCUCGGUGGUGGUACUUUUGACGUGUCCGUCCUGACCAUCGAAGAUGGAAUCUUUGAGGUCAAAUCCACUGCUGGAGACACUCACCUUGGUGGGGAAGAUUUUGACAACCGCAUGGUCAACCACUUUAUUGCAGAGUUCAAGCGCAAGAACAAGAAGGACAUCAGCGACAACAAGCGGGCAGUGCGUCGUUUGCGAACGGCCUGCGAGAGGGCAAAGCGCACCCUGUCUUCCAGCACCCAAGCUAGUAUUGAAAUCGACUCCCUCUACGAAGGAGUGGACUUCUACACCUCCAUCACCAGGGCCCGUUUUGAAGAGCUCAACGCUGACCUCUUCCGUGGAACCCUGGACCCAGUGGAGAAGUCUCUCCGUGAUGCUAAAAUGGACAAGGCGGCGAUCCAUGAAAUUGUAUUGGUCGGAGGCUCUACUCGUAUCCCCAAAAUCCAGAAACUGCUCCAGGACUUUUUCAAUGGCAAAGAGCUCAACAAGAGCAUCAACCCAGAUGAAGCUGUGGCGUAUGGAGCAGCCGUCCAGGCUGCUAUCCUCUGUGGGGACAAGUCUGAUAAUGUCCAGGAUCUUCUGCUUCUGGAUGUCACUCCUCUCUCUCUGGGUAUUGAGACCGCUGGUGGCGUCAUGACCUCCCUGAUCAAGCGCAACACAACCAUUCCUACAAAGCAGACCCAGACAUUCACCACAUACUCUGACAACCAACCCGGAGUGCUCAUUCAGGUUUACGAAGGCGAGCGUGCUAUGACCAAGGACAACAACUUGCUGGGCAAGUUUGAGUUAUCUGGCAUCCCACCGGCUCCUCGUGGCGUUCCCCAGAUCGAAGUGACGUUUGACAUUGACGCCAACGGCAUCAUGAACGUCUCUGCGGUGGACAAGAGCACUGGAAAGGAGAAUAAAAUCACAAUCACCAACGACAGUGGCCGGCUGAGCAAAGAAGACAUCGAGCGCAUGGUGCAGGAGGCUGAGAAAUACAAGGCAGAAGAUGAUGUACAGCGUGACAAGGUGUCUGCCAAGAAUGGACUGGAGUCAUACGCCUUCAACAUGAAGUCCACUGUGGAGGAUGAGAAGCUGGCUGGCAAGAUCAGUGAUGAAGACAAAACAAAGAUUCUGGAAAAGUGUAAUGAGGUGAUCAGCUGGCUGGACAAAAACCAGACUGCUGAAAAGGAUGAAUAUGAGCACCAGCAGAAGGAGUUGGAGAAGGGGGGAUGCCAGGAGGCAUGCCAGGCGGGUUUGGAGGAGCUGGUGGUGCCCCCUCUAGUGGUGGAGGUGCUGGACCUACCAUUGAAGAAGUCGAUUAAAAGUUAA